GAAGAAGAAGAACAAGAACAAGAACAAGAAGAAGUUCCUCCAUUAUAACAAGCACGCAUCAGCAUCAGCAGAAAUAGCAGUAGAGGACAAGGGAGGUGAGAAAAAAGGAGGAAGGUUAAUUUUGGAAACCAACUUACCUUCCUCUGCUCAUCCUCAAAGAUUAUUACGACGUUAAAAAAAUAUGGCGGGAACCGAGACAACUAACGUUAAACCAGAAGUAUUAAAUCCAUCAUCCGAAACGAACGAAAAUAAUGCAAGAGAAAGGAAUGUUCAAGGCGGAGGUGGAAGUGGUGGAGGAGGUGGCGGAGGAAGUGGUGGAGGCGGUGGAGGAGGAGGAGCAAGUGGAGGUGGAGGAGGUGGUGGCGGCGGCGGAAAUAAUCGUGGACCUCGUGGUAGAAAAGGAGGAACAAGAUUCUCUGGUGGACGACUACCUGUAAUUGGUGGAUUCAGAAACGAUGGACCGAUAAAAAUGAGUGACUCCAUGAUUGAAGGUGGCUUGGAUAAUGCAAUGUCCGAUGGUAUGGGAAAUAUGGGAGGAAUGGGAGGUUUAGGUGGUAUGGGACCCCGUGGAGGAGGUGGUAUGCGUGGCGGUGGUGGAGUAGGAGGAGGUGGUGGACGAGGUGGUGGUGGUGGCGGCGGCGGUGGCGGUGGUGGAGGCAGAGGCGGAGGAGAUAGAAAUAUAGGCAAUCGUUCUCAAGAUGAUCGAUUAAUGGAACGAAUAAUGGCCAUAAGUGGUCCAACACAUGAAUUAUCACCACAAGAAACUGCCGAAAAGAAAUUCAGUGGACGUAAUCGUUUGUACAUUGGUAACCUUACUAAUGAUGUUACUGAAGACGAAAUACAAACGAUGUUUACACAGUAUGGUGAAAUAUCUGAAUUGUUUGUUAACAAGGAAAAAAAUUUUGCAUUCCUUCGAAUGGAUUAUCGUGUUAAUGCUGAAAAAGCAAAACAUGAAUUAGAUGGUACAAUGCGUAAAGGACGUGCACUUAAAGUACGAUUUGCACCUCAUUCAUCUACAAUCAAAGUUAAGAAUCUCACUGCAUGGAUUUCAAAUGAAUUAUUGGAAAGAGCAUUCAGCGUAUUUGGAGAAAUUGAACGUGCUAUCGUAAUUGUUGAUGAUAGAGGGAAGUCAACAGGUGAAGGUAUCGUUGAGUAUUGUAGAAAACCAUCAGCUCAACUUGCUUUAAGAAAGUGUACAGAAGGAUGUUAUUUUCUUACUGCUUCUCUUCGACCAGUUGUCGUGGAACCUUUUGAACAACAAGACGAUAUCGAUGGUUAUCCUGACAAAAAUUUACCCCGUAAGAAUCCAGAAUUUUUCAAAGCUCGUGAAAUUGGACCAAGAUUUGCUCAAAUAGGUAGCUUCGAACAUGAAUAUGGUACAAGAUGGAAACAAUUACACGAAUUGUACAAACAAAAAGAAGAAGCAUUGAAACGUGAAAUGGCAAUGGAAGAAGAAAAAUUGGAAGCUCAAAUGGAGUUUGCAAGAUAUGAGCAUGAAACCGAGUUAUUAAGAGAACAAUUACGUAUGCGAGAAGCUGAUAGGGAAAGACAGAAGAGAGAAUGGGAGAUGAAAGAAAGACAAGCUGAGGAACAAAGAACACGAGAAGAAGAAUUAAGGAGACGUCAACAAGAAGAAAUGGCAAUACGUAUCAGAAGACAAGAAGAAGAAUUGCAUAGGCGACAACAAGAAAAUAAUUUGUUCAUGCAGGAGCAAGCGAUGAGAGGCGGUGGUGCAGGAGGUGGUGGCGGUGGAGGCCUCGGUGGUGGAAAGAAUUAUGAUUCCGUUAGUAAUAGUGAUCGCGACGGUUAUGGCCAACCUGAUGGUGGAAGCAGCAUGCCAGUGGAUCCAAAGUCGUUUAUGGAUGCAUACAAUAACAUGGAUCGUGGUAGUCGUGGUGGUGGUUAUAGCGACGAUCGGGGUCAAAUCAUGGAUUUAAUGGAUAUGAGAGUAGAUAUGGGUAACAUGGGUGGUGGUCGUGGUGGUAGUGGUGGAGGUGGACGCUGGCAAGGAAAUGAUCGUAAUCGUCAAGACGAUUAUCCUAAUAAAAGGAGACGUUAUUAGAGAUAUUAAACAAAACAUAAACGUAUGACAAACAUUUUAAAGGAACUGAAAGGAUUUAUUAUUAAGGAAAAACAAAAAAAAACAUACAAAACAAACAAAAAAAAAGAUUAAAAAACACU